GUAAAAAUCAUUUUGAAUCGUGCAUGCGAGCUCCGUGCAUCGUUUGGUUUAAAUUUUGAAAAAUAAACACCAUGACCAGCGGUAUUAAGCAGAGUGGGGAAGUUCGAUUUUCUUUCUUUUCGCGUUCCAUAGCAGCCAGUUGCGAAUAGGACGAGGAUACCAUCGUAUACUUGUUGAUCACGCGUAGCGAUUAAAGUAAUUCGACGGUAAUUUUUUGUUUUUCAAAAUUUUUAUACCAACGAUAGAGUAAAUUCCGUUUGUAAUAGAUAUGUACUUCUUUAUUAGUAAACAAUAAAUGUUUCGAUAACGUAAAGUUUGAAUAAAUUUCGUGUCUUACUCUGUAUAGACACUUUGUACAAAUCGAAAACAAAUCUUGUUUGGAUUUCGUGAUAUUAGACGCUAUACUGUUAACGGUAUUAAUAUUCCGUAUAGUAUUACCGUGGAAACGUUAACGGAAUUUCGAUCGUACGGAAAUCAGUGUUACCAUUGAGGCGAGGUGCCCCCAUCAAGCUCGACGGUGUGCACUAUUUUAACGAUGGAAUUGGUGAAAUCGAUCGUAAGAAGGCACUCUGCGAUACUCGCUGUCGAUUUAACGACAUCGAUCGGUCUCGUUUAUUCGUGGAACAAGGGAUACAAGAGUUUAGCGUCGACGAUCUCGAUCUGUUGCAUUGGUGGAACUUAUUUGUAUGGUCGUCGUAUGAUGUCUCGGUAUAGAAUAACCUCAAAUCAGGCCGUGGUCCUGACUGGCUGCGAUUCGGGGCUGGGAUACAGUUUGGCUCUUCAUUGCCGGCAGCUCGGUGCAACGGUAAUCGCCGGCGUGUUUCAAAACGAAGGUCCGGGCGCUAGAAGUUUAAAAGAGAACAACGUGCACGUUUAUCCUCUCGACGUCACGAAAACCAACAGCGUCGUAGAUUUCGUCGAUUCCGUUCGAACGAUCGUGGCGCAGGAACGUUUGGCGUUACGGUGGUUUGUCAAUAAUGCCGCGGUGAUGAUUAUCGGUGAGUUUGAAUGGCAAACGGAGGAACAGAUCAGAAAUCAAGUGGAAGUGAACUUCCUCGGCGCUGUGAGAAUCACUCGUGAACUGAUGCCGAUGAUCCGCGGCCACUCUAGCAGGAUUAUCGUAAUCUCGAGCCACUGUAACAUGCAACCGAUCCCCGGUGUGGCGGUUUACAGCGGGACCAAAGCUGCGAUUACUGCAUGGGCCACAGCCAUUAAAGUGGAACUGAAGAAGUACGGCGUCGAGGUCGUUUGCUAUGUGCCUGGUUCUUUCGUCGGAGAAAGCAACAUAUUAGCGCGACAAGCCGAACAUUUCGAAACGAUGAAGAAGUCGAUGCCGGAGGAGGCGAAAGUUUUUUACGGCGAAUAUUUUGACAGAUAUUCGAAAUAUUUCAUGUCGGUGGCGCAUGGCGGAGAGUCGAGGAAGCUGCAGGAUCCGCGUAUCUACAAGAUUUUCGAAGGCGCCCUUCUCGACAAGCGUCCGUCGGCGGUUUACAAGAACGAAACGUGGAGAUACAGCGUUUAUCACGCGCUGUUUUUCAUCGCGCCAGCCAGCGUUCGCGAUUGGCUGGUUCAGAAAUUCGUGCAAGGACCUUCCUGGACGAAGAAAGACGUCGAGGCAGCAAAAAACAUGGCGGAGAAACAGGGUUCGGAGAAAGGAUUAUUGGAAUAAAUUUUAAUAAAAACAACAUUCUGAUUUA